UGGCGUUGAAAGAGGCUGCGGGUCAGUACGAGACCCUCAAAGCUGAGUGGAAUAAAAACAAACCGAACCUGGACAAAUGCGGAGAACUUCUGAGCAAGCUCAAGGUUUCAUUACUGGAGCUGAAUUUCCUACCUACCAGUGGAUCAGGAAUGACCAAACAGCAGCUCAUUUUAGCUCGUGACGUCCUUGAGAUCGGAGCUCUUUGGAGCAUCCAAAAGAAAGACAUCCCAUCUUUUGAAAGAUACAUGGCCCAGCUAAAAUGUUACUACUUUGAUUACAAAGACGAACUGCCUGAAGCUGCCUACAUGCACCAGUUGCUCGGACUGAACCUGCUCUUCCUGCUCUCACAGAACCGAGUGUCUGAGUUUCACACAGAACUGGAAAGGCUGAGCGCACGAGACAUUCAGACUAACGUGUACAUCAAACAUCCCGUUUCCUUAGAACAGUACUUGAUGGAGGGAAGCUACAACAAGGUAUUUCUUGCAAAAGGCAACAUCCCCGCUGCGAGUUACACCUUCUUUAUAGAUAUUCUGCUCGACACUAUUCGGGAUGAGAUCGCAGGCUGCAUAGAGAAAGCGUACGAGCAGAUCCAGUUCAGCGAAGCGACCAGAGUUCUGUUCUUCAACUCACCCAAAAAGAUGACGGAGUACGCCAAGAAGCGAGGCUGGACUCAGAACCCAGACGGCUGCUACACCUUCACCAGUCAGCACCAGCGGACAGAAGAGGUCAACAUCCCCUCCACAGAGCUGGCACAGCAGGUCAUCGAGUACGCACGGCACCUGGAAAUGAUUGUUUAACCCCGCCCCCCUGGAACAUUCAGCCCAGAUUAAAACACCUGACUCCGUUUGUGACCAGAGUUCUUCUCCAUUUUUAAAACAGCUGUAGUUGUUUUGUUUUUGAUGCUUCUUGAUUCACGAGUCAUCCUCAGAUAUCGACAGAGAAACUACUUCUAGAAACUUUGGACCUUUUUCUGUUAUUUACAUCAAAUCAGUCGUUAACCUGAUCAACAAAUACGAUUCUGACUUUUGUACAAAAGUUUUAUUCUCAGUACAGAAAUAUUUUGUUCCUUUUAAAGUUUUGUUUUCUAAAAGAGUAUUGCAACUUCCUCCCUGAAAGGUUUGUAUUUCACUUCUGAUCUGCAAUAAAUCGUCCAGAAAUUCA